AUGCCUCCUUGGCCGGCUCGGCUACACCUUGGUUCUCCUGCUCCAGCUCCGGGCCCAAAGUCAAGAGCUCCAAAGAGUCCGCCGCAUCGCGAAGACCAUACUGAACAGAAUACGUACCAUGACCAGCCACUUCACGGCGUGCCCGUAAUCGCUUUGACCGGAACCUCGAGUCCCUCCCGUCCAAGCCAUGGACGAUCGUACAGUCACCCUUUCCCUUCAAUCUUUGGGAGUGGAAAGAAAGCCGAGAAGAUAUCCGAAGUCGAUUACAAUGACGACGCCUUAGAGACGUUGACUGAACCCCCAUUUGUGUCUACUGGGCUUUCUUCCAAGGAUCACAUGGCAGUGAAUGGGACGUCUUUGCAGAACGGGGAAAAAGAUCUCGUAACAGGCAAAUGCAUUACUUGCGAUUCCCUAGUCAGAUGGCCCAGGCACUUGGAUGUCUUCCGUUGUACGGUGUGUCUCAUGGUGAAUGACUUGAAGCCGGGAGCAGGGUCAUCGAUGGAGGGUCGUCGGGCGGAAGGCCCAAGUACUGCCACAUCCUCCUCAUACCCAGACCUGCCCAGAAAAGUCCUGUCUCUGUCUCUCGACAGGACUCGAAACCUAAUCGACGAAUGCAUAAGUCUGUAUUUACAGUCGCGCUUGGAGCACUGUUUCGACCAACUUUCUCAGCGUGUGCAUAUUCAAAACAAACGUGAUCACAGCACAUGUUCCUCGUUACCAUUGCUUGCUGGAAAGUUUGGUCUCGCAAAUCCCAAUGUUGGACAGAUCGCCCCUACGAUGCCAUCCCCCUCUAGAGCCCCGCCGGCGCCGCCACCAUCCGCAUUGCAGGCGCCGUCGUUCAAAGUUACUAGCGCUGCAUCUGAACCUACCCCGCAGCACGCAAAAGAACCUCCUCGACUCAUGUUCCGGCCGUUGGAAAAUUAUUUAGUAGCUUGUUUCAGUGGCGUCGAAUGCCUGAAUACGUCUUUUUUGACCGUCAAAACUCAUCAAUUGCUUCGAGCUGCCAGCGAAGGUACAGUACUUGAGAAGUGUAUGACUCCAAGAGCUGAAGAUCGGUUUCCUCAUGAGACCCCUUUUCCAGAAUUAGAUGCGAAAACAUUGCUCCUUGGAGACUUCGCGGAAAACGGGACCUGGUGGACGGGAAGAAGCCAUCUAGAGCAGCUCCGAUCUCAUGGCAAUGCUCUCAAAAUAGCAGAAGGGGGUUUUGAAGAAAAAAGUAAUCUGAAGUCCCCAUGCGUCAAUUGGGCGGAGUUGGAUGAGUGGUAUCACGCGAUCGUGACUGUUGGGAGCUCCUGGAGGCAGAGACUGCAGAAAUUUCAAGGAGGGGAUUUCUUGAGCGAGAAAGGAAAGGCAAUGUUGAGAACUACAUUGACGGAAGAUCUCGCGCAGAUUGAGGAAGAUUUUGCCGAAGCUUGUGCGCAUGUCCAACGAGCGCUGCUCAAGGUGACUGAGAAUCUGCUUCGACGUCCAGGACGGCCCUUAAAAACUCCUGAAGAUUGCCGCUUCUUACUCAUACUCCUCACAAAUCCAUUGCUGUACACGCCUGAACUUGGCAAAGCAACACUGUCCACCGUCGCCAAGUCCGAAACAUCUGCUAGCCAAAGCCAGAGUACCGCCCCACGGCCGCUGAUGGCUUCUUUGCGUCAACCUUCAACGUCCGAUCGACGGUCUCCGAGCACCAGAAAUGGUAGCACAGGCAAGCACUCAGGUAUAAUCAAGCGCAUUCUAGGUCUCAUGUCAAACCUUCCAAGCGAGUGCCACCACUACCUUAUCAUAUGGUUCUCUCGAUUCUCUGAAGUGCAUUUUCGAAGAAUUGUAGAUCUCACUGGAAGUUUCGUCACGUAUCGCCUUACCAGACAGCACGGCAGGAAGCGAACUAACAGUCACGAUGAACAUGGCGGGCUAAUACCUAGUAUUUCAGGCCCAGGUCCAGGAAGCUCUGCUCAGCUCCAUGCCGCUCUUGGUAUAUCAGGGGCGCCUAAGUCACCUGACAGGAACGAUGCCGGCAUGCCAUAUGGCGAAGACUGGCAGAUAAAAGCCGCUGCAAGGGUUAUGUCUUUACUUUUCUCCGCUAACAACCAAGGCUCGUCUCGAAGACGAGACAGUACCAGAAUAUCUCCAUCUGCCGCUUGCAGAUCCAGGGCUGGCUCAGCCGCUCGAAAUCGAGCCCACCGGCACGGUCAACUUCUCCCAACCAAUGCCUUUUACAACGUUCUUUUAGAUUAUUCCGAUCUGGUAGCCGACUUCGAAGCUUGGGAGUCUCGAAGGGGAAGAUUCUCUUUCUGCCAGUAUCCCAUGUUCCUGUCCAUUUGGGCCAAGAUACGCAUCAUGGAGCACGACGCUCGUCGGCAAAUGGAGAUCAAGGCCCGCGAAGCGUUCUUUAAUAGCAUCAUGAGCCGAAAGGCAAUAAACCAGUAUCUUAUACUGAAGGUGCGAAGGGACUGCCUUGUCGAAGAUAGUCUUCGUAGCGUCAGCGAGGUCGUUGGCACAGGUCAAGAGGAGAUCAAGAAAGGCUUGCGCAUCGAGUUCCUUGGCGAAGAAGGGCUAGAUUCUGGUGGGCUUCGCAAAGAAUGGUUCCUCCUACUGGUUCGCGAGGUGUUCGAUCCGGAACAUGGCUUAUUCGUCUACGACGAAGACUCUCACUAUUGCUAUUUCAACCCUGGUACGUUUGAGACAUCGGAUCAGUUCUUUCUUGUGGGAGCGGUUCUUGGCCUCGCCAUCUACAAUUCUACUAUCCUCGAUGUUGCGCUUCCCCCAUUUGCCUUCCGAAAAUUGCUCGCCUCCGCUCCCAAUUACACUGGACCUGUGACGUCAUCUUUACGUCCGACUUCUGGUUAUACCCUGGAGGACCUGGCGGAGUUUCGGCCAACGCUCGCUAAAGGCCUAAGACAACUACUGGAAUUCGACGGCGACGUUGAGGAAACAUUCUGCCGAGACUUCGUUGCGGUUGGGGACAGAUACGGCCAGCUUCUGGAGGUCCCACUGUGUUCCAAUGGCGAAAAUAGAGCUGUCACCAACAGCAAUCGAUACGAGUUUGUAGACCUUUACAUCAAGUACCUUCUCGACACGUCUGUCGCCCGUCAAUACGAGCCUUUCAAGCGUGGCUUUUUCACAGUUUGCGGAGGGAACGCCCUCUCACUUUUCCGUCCCGAAGAGAUUGAGCUUCUUGUACGGGGCUCAGAUGAGCCUUUGGACGUGGCAACACUGCGCACGGUCGCCAUCUACGACGGUUGGGGCAAAGGCAUCAAUGCAUCCGACGAGCCUGUGGUGGACUGGUUCUGGGACGCCUUCGGAAAGGCUAGUGCCAAAGAUCAGAGGAAGCUAUUGAGCUUCAUCACCUCUAGCGACCGUAUUCCGGCCAUGGGCGCUACCAGUCUGGUCAUUAAGAUCACGUGCCUUGGGGAUCACAGCAAUAGAUUUCCCAUAGCCAGAACAUGUUUCAACAUGCUAGGUUUGUACCGAUAUCGCGAUAGAAGUGUUCUGGAGGCCAAGCUCUGGAGAGCGGUCAUUGAGAGCGAAGGUUUUGGGAUCAAGUGA